UUGGCGGAAUUUUGUCUUGCGCGGUUUGCUGAGUGUUCUCUCGCUCAUCCUCUCUCCCCGCCCAGGCUUCCCGUCCUAUUUUUCCGACGCAACAAAGCAUCGCCCAGGAAGAUGUUUGGACUCGCACAAGUCGCUCGGCGUCCUGCCGUUGCUCUCGCCGUCGCCGGGGGUGCAAGUGCGUGCAUGCUGAGCAACACUUACCUUGACAAGAGCGAGCGAGACCAGGGGGCUCUUUGCCAGGCACCAAAUGCCCCGCAGUCCGGGAUGAAGGGAGUGGCUCAAAGGCUCGGGGCGUACGUGCAGAAUAUCGAAGAUUCAGACAAGAUAACCCUACGUGCCGAUAAACUCGGUGUCAAGGUGUACGAUGUCGUGGAUCAAGCAGCGCACAAGGCCGCUGGCGGCCUGCCCGUGGUUCGCGUUGCGCAAGCGUUGAUCAAAGCUCCUGUCGAAGACGUGGCCCUGUGCUGGUGGCAGGCAGGCAGGCGGAAGGAAUGGGACUCGGUCAACACGUCAGACUCGCAGCUGGUGCGCUCAUUGGCCCCUGACGCCAGGCUGGUGUAUAUGCAGGGAAAGCCGAAGAGGGGGGGCAUGAUUUCGUCGAGGGACUUUUGCUACGUCUCGCACAAGGCACCUCUGGAGCUGGUCGGGGCGAAGCCCGGGAGCACCCUUUUUGUGCAGGCCAACGCUGCGAAUGAGGUACCUCCGAACAACGCCAGCACUCGGGGAGACGUCAACUCGGUCUUGCUGCUGGUGCCUGUCGACCCUAUCACCACGCGGGCGUACUAUGCGAUCGAGAUGGAUGUUAAGGGGUGGCUUCCAGUCAAGGUGGUCAAGGCCGCCGCGGACGAAAUCCCCCUGACCCUAGCCGUCCUCCGGGACCACAUCGAGAAAGAGCUCAGCGAUGAGGCCUCCCUGAGUCCCGAGGCUGCCGCUAAGGUACGCUGAUUCGACCCGCCGGCCGACCGACCGACCGAUCGGCGUGGUCAUCUCAAGGAUCCAACGAGGUAGCGCAAGUCGGUUUCAGGCCGGUGGUCAAGCGAGAGAAAUGUGUUUGGUGCUGUUGCACAGAGAGCGGCUGCGAUAGUGCGCCGAGACUUGCACUGAUCAAGCUGCUUGAGCCCUCACAUACCACGACAGAAAGGCUUCGGAGAUAUUUCGCUUUCAUGAGCGCGCUUGUAAUUCGCAGUACCAGCGGAGAGCAUUGGGGGUGCAGAUCCACCCCCUUGAUUUUUUUGCGGCGGAAAAUCACCGGGAAUUUUUCGCUGGCUUCUCCGUAGAUGCACGAGAUGAUUUCACUCGGCUGGGAUUACACUUUUAUUCGAUGGAUUCUAUGUUGGUGUGAUGUGGGAUGUGCGGCACGCCGCUGCGGAUGUAAUAUAUGAUGCUGCUUUCGGGUUCACCGCGUUUUUGCCUUUGUCUGCGGUUGACGCUAGCGCUUUCGUACAUCCAACUCUUGCGGCAUCUGCGCUGACAUUGUGGAUUUGGCGGCGACCCGUUCGAAAGGCGGUUUGUUGAUCCAGAUUCGCGUGUUUUUCUCUUUUUGCAACAUGUCAUGUUUCCACGUAUGCGUACAUUGCUGGUAUCUCUUAGGCCUGUUAUCGCGUGCUGACACGAGUGUGCAGCAGAGCUCAGUUACACCAACCUUGUUGAAAAGCAAGCACGCCUUGGAUGUGUGCAGCAGUGCUUGGUCUUACUGCGUUUGGCCUGGCGUUCUGGUCCUGACGCGCAUUCCCGCCCGUGCGCCAAGUAUGGCUCAUUGACACCCCUGCACAAAGCCGUGCUGCAUUUGCGUGUGGCAUGGAUUUAUUUUUCAACACUUGUGCGUUGUGGUGUAGACAGGGGUGUUGUGGUACACCGGGAGUGUUUUGGCUUGUGGAGACGGCUGCGACUGAAAGACUAUUUUCAGCUUCAUCAGUCAAGGAACUGAUGUCGCCAACCAUUUUGUAUUAAUUCGUGUGAGCUUGUAUUAUAAGCAAUAAGCAGAACAAAUAUAUAUCUCGUUCUUUGUUUGGUCACGACGCAGCUACAACUGCCUCUGGACGAGUGCGGCGAACAUUUCGAAAAGACGAAACCAAGGCUACGUACCGCUAGCCCGUUGCAACAGGUGGUGGCACAAAGCGUGAGAGUGAAAGCUAUUUUGGUGGCACUCCUCCUUUCCUUUUGCUUUCGUCCACUUCAACGGAUCCGAAACAUGUGUGCUUGUGCACGCCAAACUCGAUGGCUACGGCGGAAACCGGUUGCGCAAACCGUCUUCACCCGGAAAAGGGUCAGCUCUUCGAAUUGCGCCCGGAACGGUUAUUACCCCUUUUUUCUCCACGUGUUUCUGCAACAUGAUAACUGUACCAGUUUCGCUAGGCCACGGUGGGUCUGUUCGUGGUUGCUCGUUGUUUGGUGUGCCUUGUGCUGGCGUUUUUACCUCUCCCCUCCGCGCGCGCAGCACGCCGUCCAUAGAAGGGAGGGCAGUGAGGGAAUGUCUAGCGGCGGGUCAAUCGCGGGCGCCUGGGCGACAAGGGAGGACUUGCUCG